AUGGCCUCCAUGUCCAACGAAGAAUCAUGCAAUGAGGGACAAGAGGAUAUAUUUUUGAACCAAAAACGUUCUGCGGCUGUUGAUAUGACAUGUGCUGUUUCCAAUCUUUACAACACGAAAAUCAAGUCCUUUGGGUCCCGUCUAGUGGACCAAAUCUGCACUCGGCAACCCUGCGACGCGACGGAGUUCAUGAACAGUCUCGGAAAGGGGAAGACGAAGUUGGGAAAAUUCUUUCCCUACGAUAUUGAAUUCAAAUACUGGUAUAUCGAUCAUUAA